AUUAUAGUAUAAACUUGGUCCUAUGAUAACUAAAAGAUCUUUUAAAAAUCUUAAUGUCUAUGGCCACCUUAAAAGUAUCAUUGAUUCAACAUUGCACAUAACUGAUUAAUGUACCUAAGGCCUUUACCUUUAAAGACCUGUCUCUUUUUAAAUCUUAUUUCACUGUGUGUAAAACUGAUAAGCAAGCCAACAUUUACAGGAACAAGUACAUGUGCCUAAAUUACUACUUGCCUUACUACUAAAUUACUACUUACCUUAAAUUCUAAUUGCAUUUCCCUGUAGUAUUUGUGUUGAAACUUUACAAUUUCCCUGUCUUUCUGUUUGUCAUUCUAUGUAGGGUAUAGUAGGUACAACUGUUAUAAGUGGCAUACAUUUACACUUUGUUUACCUGUGGCACAUGGCACUGUAGUACCGAAAACCACCAAUAUAUUCUUCCAGUCUACAUGUCAUUCAGUUCCGAGCCAAUUUGCCACCUAACAAGAUAAAGUGCUAUCUUACAGUAUUGAAUUAGCCCCUUAUCCACAAAAGGGGUCCACAACAUACAAAUGUUUUAUAACAGGCAUGUCUUAACUGUAGCCAAACAGCUGUUGGGGACUAUGAGUAAAAAUGUUACAUACAAUGAAAUCUUAAUAUUUUGUAGCUCUGCGGACAGGAGACAGCACACUAAUAAUUAGCCCCUCAUUUGAAUACCUAUCGUGUGAAGUGCAGAGAGCAUUUUUUUAUUUGUAUAAGUAUCAUGCAGCACAGAGAGCAUUUUCUUGUAUUUGCACCAGGUACUUGCCAUUCAAGUGAAUGGAGCAGGCAAUUUUGAGUUUUUAUUCCUCAUCCACUUACAAUAAAAUGCUCAAAAUUGCUGUUUGUUUGUUUGCUUUUUGCAGAAUGCUUAUGAGGAUAGUUACCAUGCCCACCUUGCUGAGCUGCAUACUGUUUUCCAGUCCAUUAUGAAGGGAAACUGGCAGCACCAGCAAGGGUGAAAUAUGAAAAUGUAAUACAAGUUUCCUCAUACUGAAAAAACAGAAAAGUUCAUCUUAAAAAUGAGUGCAAAAAGGGAUGAAACAGAUUUUGACAAAUCUCCUGCCUACGACUAUGAAGACGAUUUUGAGAAAGAUCUUGACUGGUUAAUAAAUGAAGAUUCACAGGCCAAUGCAGAUUUGAAGAUAAAGCAAGAAGAAAACGGGCAUGAGAUUUCAGAAAAGGAACCAGAGGCAUUUAAUGCUAAUCCAAGGUAUGAAUUGACUGGUAAAGAUGAAGCAGAAGCUGAAAAUCAAACUAAUGACAGUGAAGAUGAAGAAGCAAGACGAUACAUUGCAGAGAAGAUUGAAGAGGCCAACAAACUACUACAGAAUCAAAUUAUUUAUGAAAAACGAGAGAGGAAGCUUAAAUUUAAAGAUAAUUUGGUAGAUCUGGAAGUUCCCCCAGUGGAAUAUCAUGAGAAUGAAAGAAAUGAUGAUGAAGACAUUGUUGAUAGUUUCUCACAGCUACAUGUUUCUAAUGCUGCAUGGAUGAAUGAGCACCAUGAUGACAAUGGUCGCAUUGAUGAGCAAAAGGAUGGAAAAAUUCUCAUAGAGAAAGAUGGAAAGUUUGAGCUUGUCACUUUAAGUGAUAUUGAAAGUCUGAGUUUUUUCCCACCAAUAAAUAAUUCAUCAAGUGAGAAGGAUAUGCAAAAACCCCUACUUACUGCUCAACAGCAAAGUACAAUUGGUAAUGAAGGAUUUGUUGGACAGAAAGGAAUUAAUGGUUAUAAUGAUGUUUACCUACCUCAGCCACCUACUACACCAAAGGCUCGCCCAAGUUCUGCUGCUUAUUUCAUAAAGUCCAGCCACAGAAUGAAUUCACCCCGUAGAGUGAAAUCCGCAGGACUACAAAGUAGGAACACAACAUUUUGCCUUUCACCUGAGCAAAAAGAGAUUCAAAAAACCAUCAAUGAAAGGCAGAUGAAACAGAAAAAAGAGGAAGAAGAGCAUAAGAAGGAAGAAGAAGAGCAAAAAAGGAAAGAAAAUGAAAUUGCCUUCAAAGCCUGGAUACUGAAAAAAAAAUACCAAUUAGCAGGAGAAAGGAGAAUUCAGCAGACCAAGCAGUUGGAAGGCAUGUCUGUCACAGAAGAAGAAGAAGAAAGAGAUCCACAGAAGGCCUUUAACCUCUGGCUCAAGAGAAAGCAUAAAGAAACGCUGAGAGAAAGAAAGAUAGAUGACCUGAAAAAACCUGAAGAAAGAGGAGAGGGUGAAAAAGCUUUCAAAAGGUGGUUAAAAGAGAAGAGGAUACAAAAGCGAACAGAACACCAAGCAGCACUGGAAAGAUCCAGAAGACUUUUAUUGGACGCCAAAAGAAAAAAGCAAAUACAGACUUUGCUGUACAGAAUAUCUGACUCCAGAUCAUUUGGUUAUGUAGAUAAUUGCCGAUAAGUGUUAUAUGUGUAUACAUAUAUUUUUUUUGGGGGGGGGGGUUCAAAUAUAAGACUUAGUCUUGACCAGAUUACGUUAUUGUUUUUCACCCAUUUGUUUUGAUUAUCCAUCUGGCUUUAAAAUAUGUGUUUAACUAUAAAUCAUAUUAUAAUCCUGUUUAGGUCAUACAAAAUUAUUGGGUUCAAAAAAUCUAUUUUUAUAAGCCUGUUUUGGGGCAUACAAAAUCAUUUGGUUAAAAAAAACCCCAUAGUAAAAUUUUCACAUGUGAAAAUAGGGACAAAAAUAAAAAUUAUGGGUAUGAGGGGGACAAUUUUGAAUUCAUCUGACUGGAUGCAAAUGGAUGGCCAAUUAACACUGAUCCACUGGUUUGGCUGAUGGCUCGAGCAAUAGGAUUUGAAUAGCAAUGAGAGGCAGCCCAGCGAGCACAAAGACAAACUAGGAAGAAUGAUCGGACAUACUGAUGGUUGAGCAAGUGAAACUGUGGUUGAUCAAGUGCCCACUCAUCUGUGAUCAAAUUUAGCCUUAGGAAAGUGUUCACAGUUUCAGUUAAUAGGUUAUGGUCUUGUGCAGUCACUAGAGCAUUCACUGACCCAACUCUUCAGUGUAUCCAACCGUUUCCACAGGCUAAAUUGAUGGAUAUUGUACCACUGACCUGGAUGUAACAGGUACUAAAGAGGGCCUGUUACUGGAUUUGUAAAGAAAUGAGGAGAGCACUCUGCAAGCAUAUAAUGCUGUGGUUAUCUUUUUAUUGCUUGACUACUUGUACACGACAUGUUUCGGGCCCUUUAUCAAGUGCCACACUCAUUUAUUUACAAAUCACGUUACAGAUAUCAGGAUACCGGUGACCUGAUGGAGGAAAGUUGCACCCCUUUUCCUGAACCAAGCGGGCGGAGCGUUUUGGGAUAUUAUACUUUCAGGGCCUGUUACUGCUUUCACUUCUAAAUUUAAGGGAUGCCCUAAAACUGUUAUUGGAUCUGUCAGGAGGUUAUGAGGAGCCUGUGUCCGUGCACAAUACCACCGCUGAUAUCGUACAUUGGAAGAUAACAUUUCAGGACCAAUAAUUCUUUGUAGCAGUUUUGCAGAUCUGUCUACAAAACUCCUAAAACAGACAGAAGAUCUAAAAGAGAGAGGGCCCAAGCUAAAAGCAUGAUAUUAGAAGCCUAAACCCGCCCUCCCAGACAAAUCUAUUAGCAGUUAUGCUCAAUUUCUUGGUCCCAACUUUUUCUACCAAAUCCCCAGCAUCCAGCAUGUGAGAAUAAAACUGACCUAAAGUUUCUUUCUCUACUAUGAAAUUGUUCU